ACGACGCCGCGGAGGAGAAAGACAACCCAGCGAACAAAACACACAAUGGCGACGGCGGCGACAACAGCAGGCGGAACGGGCUCAGGCGGUCCGGCCAGCGGUCCGGUCGGCGGCGGAACCGCAGUGGGACGAAAAAAGGACGGCGGCCCAUCUACAAAAUUCUGGGAAAGUUCGGAGACGAUAUCCCAGCUAGAGACGGUGCGGCUGUGGAUCGGAAAGCACUACAAGAAGUAUGUCCAGAACGACUCCCCCUCCAGUAAAUCCUUGGCUGGCCUGGUUGUUCAGCUGCUACAGUUCCAGGAGGACGCUUUCGGGCGCAGGGUCAACAAUCCUGCUCUUACCAAGCUACCCGCCAAGUGUUUCCUGGAUUUCAAGGCUGGAGGUGCUCUCUGUCACAUCCUGGGGUCGGUCUACAAGUUUAAGAGCGAGCAGGGCUGGCGUCGAUUUGACCUGCAGAAUCCUUCCCGAAUGGACAGGAAUGUGGAAAUGUUCUUAAAUGUAGAGAAGAACCUGGUCCAGAAUAACUGCUUGACUCGACCCACCGUCUUCCUGUCGUCGGACAUCGAGCAGAAACAGGCCAGUAAGCUCAAAGACAUCAUCAAAAGGCACCAGGGCUCCAUGACUGAUGAUAAGUCAAAGGCCACCCACCACAUUUACCCCUCACCAUCCCAACAAGAAGAAGAGGAGUGGCUUCGUCCUGUCAUGAGGAAAGACAAGCAGGUGCUGGUGCACUGGGGUCUCUACCCAGACAGCUAUGAUACCUGGGUGUCAGCCAGUGAGGUGGAUGGUGAUGUGGAGGAUCCUCCCAGCACUGACAGGCCCUGGAAGGUCCACGCCAAGUGGGUUUUAGACACGGAUGCCUUCAAUGAGUGGAUGAACGAAGAAGACUACGAGGUAGACGAGAACAAGAAGCCAGUCAGCUUCCGCCAGAGGAUCUUCCCCAAGGAGGAGGAGUCUUCCCGUACACCCGAUCGCAAGGAGCGCAAGGCCAACUCUGCCGGCAAGAAGAGGAGGCGCUCGCCCUCGCCGCCCAGCACCCCUGCCGAGUCCCGCAAGAAGGGAGGAAAGAAGGGGAAUCCCGGGCCUCACUGGAAGCGAAGGGGCCACAGAGGCGAGGAGGAGGACACAGAGGAGGACAUGACCAAGGACAUGGACGACUCAUCAGCUGGUGCCAGCAUGGAAGAGGGCAGCAUGUCCAAGAAUGCAAGUUCAAAGAAAGACAGUGAAAAUACUCCAGUGAAAGGAGGGAAUGUGGCCGACUUAGAUGACAUGGAGGAUGACUCUGUGCUGUCUGGUGGAAAGGAUGACGAGGAGCAGGGCAAAGCGGAAAUCAACCGGCUGAUAGAUGCUGGCGAGGACAACGUGACCGAACAGACUCACCACAUCAUCAUCCCCAGCUACGCUGCUUGGUUCGACUACAACUGCAUCCAUGAGAUUGAGAGAAGAGCUUUGCCUGAAUUCUUCAAUGGAAAGAACAAAUCCAAAACUCCAGAAAUUUACCUGGCUUACCGUAACUUCAUGAUCGACACGUAUCGGCUAAACCCUCAGGAGUACCUUACCUCCACCUCCUGCCGCAGAAACCUGACCGGGGAUGUCUGUGCCAUCAUGAGGGUUCAUGCGUUCUUGGAGCAGUGGGGUUUGGUGAACUACCAGGUUGACGCUGAGAGUCGCCCGUUGCCUAUGGGACCUCCACCUACACCCCACUUCACUGUGCUGGCUGACACACCCUCUGGCCUCAUGCCCUUGAACCACCGACCCCCACCGAUUCCCCCUCCACAGCCAAUGCCCAACUUUGGAGACAAAGGCAAAGACAAGCCCAUCGACUUGCAGAACUUCGGCCUUCGCACCGACCUCUACAAGAAAGGCCCCAAGGGUAAAGUAGUCAGCUCCACCAGGGAAUGGACCGAGCAGGAGACUCUACUGCUGCUAGAGGCCCUGGAGAUGUACAAAGACGACUGGAACAAAGUGUCAGAGCAUGUCGGUUCACGUACCCAGGAUGAGUGUAUCCUCCACUUCCUGCGGCUGCCCAUCGAGGAUCCGUACCUGGAGAGCACUGAGACCUCUCUCGGCCCUCUGGCCUACCAACCCAUACCCUUCAGCCAGUCUGGAAACCCAGUCAUGAGCACAGUAGCCUUCCUCGCCUCUGUGGUCGACCCCCGAGUGGCGUCUGCCGCUGCCAAGGCAGCCCUAGAGGAGUUUUCCCGUGUGCGUGAGGAGGUGCCAGCUGAGCUGGUGGAGGCUCAUGUGAAGAAGGUGCAGGAGGCGGCCAGGAGCACAGGAAAGGUGGACCCCGCCUUUGGCUUGGAGAGCAGCGGCAUCGCUGGCACUGCCCCCGAGGAGCCAGAAAGGACUGAAACCACAGAGCCAGAAAAGAUGGACACUGACACAGACUCCCAACAAGCUGAUAAGGCGGAGUUGAAAGACGAGGCAGAGAAGCCCAGUGAGUCUGCAGAAAAGAGCGACAAGACAGAGAUCACAGACAAGGUGAAGAAGGAGGGAACGGAGGCUUCGGAGCGCGAGGAGGAGACAGGGGAAGGAGGAGAGGCAAAGACGGCUCCAGCAGACAAGGAUAAGGAGGAGGCCAUGGAGACAUCGUCCUCAGAGCAGGAGAAGGAUAAGGAGGAGAAGGCGUCUUCAGAGGAGGGAGAGGACAAGAGGAAGAAACUGGAGCAUGACAUUGGAGAGGGAAAUAUCGCCACUGCCGCUGCUGCUGCUCUGGCAUCUGCUGCCACCAAAGCCAAGCACUUGGCAGCAGUGGAGGAGAGGAAGAUCAAGUCCCUGGUUGCUCUGCUGGUGGAGACGCAGAUGAAGAAGCUGGAGAUCAAAUUGAGGCACUUCGAGGAGCUCGAGACCAUCAUGGACCGAGAGAAAGAGGCUCUGGAGCUUCAGCGGCAGCAGCUGCUCACCGAGCGUCAGGCGUUCCACAUGGAGCAGCUCAAAUAUGCUGAGAUGAAGGCAAGACAGCAGAUGGAGCAGCAAGCUGCUGCUGCCGCCGCCGCCGCCGCUGCUGCAGCCGCCCAGGCCCAAGGACAGGGACAGGCCCCUGGAUCUGGACCACACCCAGGGCCCCCUCAACCGGGCAUGCACCCCGGAGGACCCCCACCACACCAUGGAGGACCACCCCCGCACCACGGAGCGCCACCACCCCACCACGGAGGACCACCGCCCGGCGCUGCCAUGCACCCUGGCUACCCCCCAAUGGGUCACCACCCCAUGGCCCCUCACCACCCAGGACAGACAGGACCGAUGGGACCGGGUCAACCGAUGCCCGGACGUAUGAUGCCCGGCCCGCCCUCUGCUGGCCCCCCUCCUGGUGGCAUGCCUCCCAUGAUGCCCCCACGCCACCCCGGAGCUCCUAACGGCAUGUACCCUGGCCCAGCACCUGCACAGCCUGAAGCGAUGCCUCCAGCUCCCGUGGGUCCUGCAGCGCCCCCGAGUGGACGAGUGGCUGACAACUAAGACCUACACACACACACACACACACACACACACACACACACACACACACACAAACAAAAGCACAUACACAAAACUAUCUCUGAACCUCAGUCCCUUUUUGAUGGCCUUUGCUACUGGCUCAAUAUUUUUUCCUCAACAACUACCAUAAACUUCAUCACAGGACACACACACACACACUCAGGGUUCAGUGGCAAGGGUAACCCAAUUUUUCACACAUGAACACACAUCCAGAUUUCCUCUCAGGGCACAGCGGCAAAGGUGGUCUAGUAAUAAACACUGUUUUCUGCUCUGUUGGGCCAGGUGGAGGCUGGAGAGAAUGACUCUGUGUACAGAAAACAAGACAAGGAGACAGAAAAGAUAAAAGCCUCAGUCUGUCUCGACUUUUUUCUCUUUCCAAUGCUGUUUUAAAUAACACUGUAACCCCCUCCUCCCGUCUCUCUUUAACACACGCAUACACACACCUCUUCUUGUCUGAUGCCUCUUUUUCAAGGCCACUUACAAGGGGGAGCUAGUGAGACCAGACGGCCGGUCAGACAUGCAGGGUUGUGUGUGUGUGUGUGUGUGUGUGUGUGUGUGUGUGUUUGUUUGUGCAUGCUCUAAGCAACCUGAGCUGUAACACACAAACACUGAUGACUCCGACAAUAAUAUGAAUAAAACACAGACACACACGCAGAGGGGAACCCAGCCUGCCCUCACUCUCGUCUCGUCGAGUAUCUACCUCUCGCUCCUCUUGAAACGAUACACUGUAGAUCUUUGUGUGUGUGUGUCUGUUAGUGUGUGUGUGUGUUCAAGACCGAGUGUUUGAUGGCGGUUCACGCGUCUGCCUCCUCUGACCACAGUGUGUACCUCAUGUAAGUUGUUCAUGAUUAAGUUGAGCUAUAAAGCUAAAAAUAUGACAGUUAAUUAUCAAGAAUGUGUGUAUUGGAAAAACAAAGCAGAUUGACGGACAAAAAAAUAAACCCUAAAAGGCUGCAGUGAGGUGGUCGUGUAAUCUGAUUCAUCUCCGGUCCUUGACCCAAACAAAGAUGGCAUCUGUAAAUACUGCAACUUACUCAACUGGUUGCCAUGUUUGAGUCAAGGAUUGGGACACACCCUCCGAAAGGGCAGCAGAUUUGUCUCAACAGGGUAGAAGAGUCUGAAGAUGAUUUUCUAAAGUGCAUCUGAUUUUUUUGACAGAAACUUUUUUGUAUCAAUGAAGUCAAAGAAUACGACUGGCUUUAUUAUAUUUUUUUCUUAUUGUCAACAAACCCCAGGAAAAGACCAAAACCAGCAACGUGUUAGCCCAUCGUGUGUGUGGCUCCAAGAAAAAAAAUGUCAGGCGGGACUUGAUUCAUGGUUGGUUUGAGCCUUUAACUGGGUUUGUUGUCGAUAAGGAAAAUACAAGUGUUUUCUUUAAAGCGUUAAUGCAGAAGUCUCAGCUCCGAUGACAUGAGAGGUGACCCACGGUUAAAGCAUCAGAGGAAGGACAGACAGAUGAACACACCAUCAUCCACAGCUUCUGUCGCACCAACCACAGCACUGUAACACACACAGAAAUGUAAGCUAAGCUGAGGCUCACACUGGAGGCUGCGUGCACACACCAACUUGGCCAGACCCUGCCACGAAAGCACUGGACAACCACAUACAUACAUACACACACACACACAUACACACACACACACACGUACAUACAUAUAAUCUCCUGCUGACCUUCACACAGCCUUUACAGAGAGGGAGACGCUGUGAUGCGGCUCAACUGAAACAUCAGAACAUGAGCAACGCUCUUUCUUACCGCGGUGGGCUUGUAGAUGUUUUUAGGUGCUGAUACUGUAGCGAAUAAACCCCUCCCCCUCGCACCUCUGCUCAGAAUUUCCUAACGCCUAGUGCUGCCUACCUCGCUAACCCCACCUCACACGCACACACCUCUGACGUUUUUGCUUUUUCUCCACUAGCCACGGUAAAACUUAGCAAUAUCCUCAAUUCUGUGUAUCAGCCUAUUUGUGGUCUAUACGCUGAAAAAUACUGGGCUACGAGCAAGAAGCAAUCUGGAUUUCACAGUUCAGUUCUGAAACCCUGUGUCCUGUGAUGUUGCAGUAAAAAUAAAAAGGUACAUAAGCAAGGGGAACAACCACUGAAUGUUUAUUUACUUUGGUGAAAUCAGUAAUCGAUUUGAAAGGUAUUCUCUAACUAUUUUAGUAAUCAGCUGUUCAUCGAGAUUAUGGAGCUCGACAGUCCAUUCUUCACCCCUGGAAAAGCAGUUAAGGUUUAAUAAUCUCGCUGCUUGACCCAUUUAGUAGCUGUUCUGGAGCUUUUGAUCGUGUGACACAGUCUUUCUCAGCAGAUGCAGUUUCCCAGUUGUCCUCAAUUUGAGCUGGUUCUUCUCAUACAAAAACAAAAUAGCAUCACACGUUCGCCGCCUCGUACCUUUCCAUAGUCGACACACAGGUUAAUAAUAAGCGUGAAUACGGUUGUUUUUAAAGUGAAGUCUUAACCCCAAACACUCCUGCCCCCACCUUCGCUAGCACUGUUAGUAUCUCUGCUACCUCUUCCUCGUUCAUCCGCUAGCUACCUCUUCUAGAAAUCUUCCUCUCGCUAUCUGCUACCUCUCUGCGCACCCCUUCGCUACCUCUCGUCCCUUUCUUUUAAUUUCCUCUUUUAUCUUUUCUUUUUCCUGCCCACAUGACUGCUGCAUCACUGACUGUUGCCCCCUUCUCCCAGUCUGUGGAAGAAGAAAAUACACCAACACACGUACAGUCUCUGACUCUCACUCUGAUUCACCGCGCCCUCCUUCACCCAUUCAGCAUCUUACCAGGCUUGUUAUGUAAUAUCACUUACAUAUGACGGGAAUCCCCUUACAUAUAUGAUCUUUAAUCAAUACUUUUUUGUGUUAAUGGUAAUGUAUUUUUAAGGAGAAGUUUUGUGUAGAUGGAAGUUAUCUAUGUCCUUUGGAAGUUUGUAGCAUUUGUUUUCCUUUUUUUUUUUUAUUUUGUAUGGGGUCUGUUGGUACUUGGACCUAGACACUGUCGAAUAAACUGUGUUUUGUAUGA